AAGCUAGGGCUUAUCAAUUUCCAGGAGCUUUUCCGUAAUAGCCUUUAUUAUUCCGUUUUUUCUUCUCUUCUGGAAGCUUACUCUUACUGUGAUCGGUUCUGUUUUCUUGUCAACUAUUGUCCUCACUGUCCCUUUUGUCCUCUCUCUUCCAUCAAUUAUCCAAUCUUGAAUCGCCAAGGAAUGAUGCGCUGACGAAGGCGACCCCAAUUGCAGGCCGAACGAAGCUUAUCUUCUCAUGCGAGGAGGGCAAAGAUUGCGGCGGACAAGAAGUCAACCAGGAUCCCUUAGAGGUCAACAGCAAAGUCAGCAGACACGCCUCGGCCGCCGCCGAAGGUCUGGUCAACAGUUAGCAACGAUAGUAGACGAAUCAGCCGAGCCUGGCCCAUCCACUAGACAACCCUUAGUCCAAUUGCGUCGUUCAGCCCGCCUAAACCUAAACUCUGCACAACCACCGAUUGCCGAACGAGCUUCUGAGGCCGAGGCAAGUAGAUCAAUAACUCGCCGCCGAUCCCGCAAUCUUCGUGAAUCCAACAGAGCGGCGGAACUACUUCCACACAAUAACGAAGAGCGUGUCCCCACCCCCAACAUCACUGCCGACGAAGGAUUAGACAUGGGUUCUACAUCACGCCCGAAUCAUUCGAGCGGCUCUUUUGAUGGCCCCGAGAGGUUGUAUGCUCUUGAGGUUGCUGUUCAACCUCCGAGAGUUGCAAAAUCCGGCGCACGUUUGUAUCCGCCCUUGGCAAUACGUGUGCACAUCAGCGAUGCGAACACUGGAGAAGCGCUUAGUGGCGAGGAUGAACUCAACAGUCUCUUUGCCCAGGCAACUCUGUACGGUGAGAGCGGUGAUGGGCCCCCAUUGGCCCCUCCCGACCUCUAUCUUCUCUCUGGACGCCUCUCAAUGUCAUUGGACCUCUUGGGUGAUGGUGAGGGAUCCGAAGAUGCGGCUCCACUUAGCCGGCAGCACGGAAGCUAUGUUAUUUUCCCAGAUCUUAUGAUAAAUCGUACUGGCAGAUACAGAUUGGGUGUUAGUUUAUUCAAGAUUGGUGACCGGAGAAGGGCGCGAUCUACCCCAACAGGGUCUCGGGAAAUGCACGGGGGUGGCACGUCAUUGGAGGAAGUUAAGAGCAAUGUAAUUGCGGUGCAGCGAUCUUCAGCACCAAUUGAGAUUGGUGAUUAA